CUCCAACUAAGCCGUUUUUAUUUCUGUACGACGGGAUGAAUGGAGACUGUAGUGGAGUCAGACAGUGAGGAGCAGGGCAGAGGUGGAGAGACAGAAGAGGAGGAGGAGGAUGACCCAGAGCCGAUGAAGAAAAGUGUUUCUCAGGAGCUUCACCUGAAGGUGGACGAGCUGUGUCCAGAGUCCUACAGGGUUAACUCCCCCGACCAGAUCCGACUGCUGGCCAUCGCCGACAACUUCCAGCGUCAGUAUUCACUCCUGUAUCCCGACCGCAAACCCCUGCUGCUCUGCCCGGUCAACGAAUGUGGAGUCAGGAAGUUUGUGUCCAUGACUCUCCGGCCCACACCGACAGUCUUCCCCGAAAUUUUCGCCUGGGAGGGAUGCGCCUCCUUGGUGGCUGACUUCCUGUCUCUGGACCCUUUGGAGCCACCUGUGGAUCUGCCAAGGUAUUUGUUCUCCUCCAGCUCAGUGCUGCAGAAUCAGAGUGCCACAUGUUUUGAAUCCGCCACCCUGCUGUGCAGCCUGCUGCUCGGCAACCACUACGACGCUUACUGUGUCAGCGGCUACGCUGUGAGAGAGAUGUGUCUGAUGGACCGCAGCCUGCAGGAGUGCCCCCUGCUGGACACCCAGGUCAAGGGCAAGAUCUCCGAGGAGGAGCCGCAGGAGAAUAAAUACACAGUGAAACCUCUGAGGGAAAUGAAGAGUCGCUUUCUGACGCAGCUAGAGCAGAAGAAACAGGAGGCAGAGGCCGAGAUGCUUCACAAACAAAAACUACAGGAGGUAACAGGAUCU